AUGAGGAACAUCGGGAUCUCCGCACACAUUGAUUCCGGCAAGACGACUCUGACAGAGCGAAUCUUGUUCUAUACUGGACGAAUCUCAGCAAUCCACGAGGUUCGCGGGAAGGAUGGGGUGGGUGCGAAGAUGGACAGCAUGGACCUGGAGCGAGAGAAAGGCAUCACGAUCCAAUCGGCAGCGACCUUCUGUCGAUGGAAAGAUCACGAGAUCAACAUCAUCGACACCCCGGGACACGUUGACUUCACCAUCGAGGUUGAAAGAGCUCUCAGAGUUUUGGAUGGAGCAGUUCUCGUCCUCUGUGCUGUUGGAGGAGUUCAGAGCCAAACGAACACUCAAAUUGUCUUCUGCAGGCAGAUGAAGCGCUAUGGAGUUCCCAGGAUUGCGUUCAUCAACAAACUUGACCGAGCAGGGUCCAACCCAUGGUCUGUGAUCAAGCAGGUGAUCCGAGACAAGCUGAAUCUCAACGCCGCUGCUCUUCAAGUCCCCAUUGGGCUGGAAGACAAGAUCGAGGGCAUCGUCGACCUUGUUGAGAUGAAGGCAGCCAGAUUUGUCGGGGAUUUUGGAGAGAAGGUUGAGUGGUUCGAUAUCCCCGCAAGUGUGAUGCAGCAGUGUAAAGAGAAGAGACAAGAGCUGAUUGAAAACGUUGCCAAUGUCGACGAAGCUCUCUCCGAGAAAUUCCUCGUAGACGAGGAGCCGACGAUAGAGGAACUUAAAACUGCGAUCAGACGAGCGACUCUCAGCCUGCAGUUUGUGCCAGUGAUGAUGGGAACUGCGUUCAAGAACAAGGGAGUCCAGCUCUUGCUCGAUGGGGUCCUCCAAUACCUUCCCAAUCCCACAGAGGUGAAGAACACGGCGCUUGAUAUCUCUAAGGGAGAAGAACCUUUCGAGGUCAAGAUCUCUAGCAAGGAGCCCCUUCUUGCCUUAGCCUUCAAGCUGCAAGAGAGUCCCUUUGGCCAGCUGACCUACUUGAGGAUUUAUCAGGGAACCUUCUCUAAGGGAGACAAUAUUUUGCAUGUGAAUGCCAACAAGAAGAUUAAGGUUCCACGUAUUGUGCGAAUGCACUCCAACGAGAUGGAGGAUAUCGACACGGCCAAGGCUGGAGAGAUCGUCGCUCUCUUUGGCAUCGAGUGCGCCACCGGCGACUCAUUCACCGACGGCUCCAUCAAGGCCUCCAUGACUUCCAUGCACGUGCCGGAUGCUGUGAUGUCGCUCUCGAUCCAACCCAAGCAGAAGACGCAGCUUGACAAGUUCUCCAAGGCGCUCAAUCGUUUCACCCGCGAGGAUCCCACAUUCCGCGUCGGGUAUGACGACGAGACGAAGCAAACCAUCAUUUCAGGUGCAGUUAGAACCAAACUGUUCUGCUUGAACUAUCCUGCUCCAACUGUCCCUUUCUAUCCCUACCCGUCCCUUCCCCUUUCCCCAUUCCCUUCCUUUUCUUUCACAUGCACCCUUCAACUCCAACUUGAGGCCUCCCUCCCCCCUCCAUUCGUGCGUGCGUGCGUGCGUGCGUGCGUGCGUGAGUGA